CGUUAUCGCGAGCUCGUCCAUGCAACCACGCGACGCCCAUCGAGUAGGCUUGUUCGCAACGCCGACAUCGACUUGUCGCCCAGCAUGUCUCCGCCCACUGAAGCUACCAUCCCGGCGACUCGGCGGUCGCGCAAGUCGCUAGGAGCGCAUACCGACUCUCGAAAAGUCAUGGACAAGGAAAACGCGACGGUCGACAUGGGCAGCUCGCUGGCUGCCAAUCGCAAGAAGUCUAGAAGCAAGAGCAUGGGGCCUGGAGGGCUCGAUGCUCUGAAGCAGGGACACGGAAACAGGCGCGCAUCCCUGGCUGCUCCGAUCAAGCCUCCGCGAUCGAUCCUCAAACCUACCAUAUCCGCCCUCCCCGAGAUCCCCCCCUUGAGGAAGAGUGGCAGAGGCGUUUCGAGCUCCGCAAGUGCACGCGACUCGUCGAGCACUGCGAGUUCGGGCGAGGACUCGAGUUCGAAGAUAGCUCUGCGGACCGAAGAGGAGCAACACGCCGCGGCGCGCGAACGAGAAGAGCGUGAGCGACGAGAUGCUCGCCGAAAGUCUCUUGCGAACCGAAGAGUAUCCUUUGCGGCAGAAGCGACACUUCACACGUUUCACGAAGUUGAAUACAUGCAAGACUCCACAACCUCGACGGACUCGUCAAGGAGAGCAUCAGCCGCUAGUAAAUCUUCCGAGCCUUCUGCUGCAAGCCAGAGAGAGGAAACGCCUCAGUCGCAAACUGGCAUAGUCCCCGAAUCUCCUGACGACCAUCGUGAACUGCAUCAGCGCAAGCGACGUAGGAGCUCUGGCCUCCCGUCGAUGAAUUUUGGCCCGCCAGAUGACGAUACGAUUGCUUCUACGAUCUACAGCUCCGAUUCCGAGCCUGCAGACGCCGUUGAGGAGAUCGAGGAGGAAGAAGAUGAUGGAUCAAGUAGCGACUCCGACGGAGGGACGAUGAUGACAAUGGAAGAAGUUACGGGAACAACAGUGGCAUCAGAGCGAUCCGUUGGUGCACAUGAUGACUCGACGCUAGAUGAGGCGCUGAGGAUGGCGGCACACCGCGCCGGGGCGCAAAACAUGGGCGGUGACCAGGAUGAUGAUUAUCUGGACGACGGAGAGGAAGUGAUUCCCUCCUUCGGCUGGGUCAAAAAGCCAACCUCGUCGAGUUCAGGGGCCGUGAGAGGUAACGACGCAAAUCAUCCAGCCCGAGGCAGCGGCUCCAACGCUGGUGGCGAUGGCGACACAGCUAUGGAUAUUGAUAUGGAAAUGGAUAUGACGAAUGCCGUCGGACGAAUCCUCAGACCAGUAGAGGCCGAUGAAACGGAUCACGAAGGAGAUAUGUCCAUGGACGUCACCCAGGCCCUUGGCGGCAUCCUGUCCCACAAUAAGGGUCGGACGGGGGCCUUGCCAUCCGAAACUGAGGAAAACGCGCCAACAGACGAGGCCACAAUGGAGUUCACGACAGCUCUGGGUGGCAUUCAUCGGCCUCAGGAUGACGAGCUUGAGGACGAUGGCGGCAACGAGGACAUGUCGAUGGAGCUCACGACCGUCGUAGGUGGUGUUCUUUCCCAGUCGAAGGGGAGCAAGGCAGCCGAGAGUCGACGAAGGACCCUCAUACGUGAACGCGAUGCCGACCUGGAUGAUGGAACCAUGGAUAUGACGACUGUUGUCGGACGCAUAAUACCUCCUGUUACACAGGGCAACGAUGCUGCAGAUGAGGACGCGACCAUGGGUAUGGACAUGACAACAGCUAUUGGUGGUAUCAUCAAGCGAGGUGAAGCUAGUCCUCGUACCCUCAACAAGCGCAUCAUGGAAGAGGAGGCAAGCCGACCAAACAGCCCAAAGGGUGCCAUCAUUGCUGCUGUUUCACAGAAGGCACCCUCCAGGAGGUCAUCGCGGAACUCUCUAGUUGCACCGGCGCCGCCGCCACCGGAGAGCCCAGGUCUUGCGGCCUUUCAGGGCAAAGGGCUGCGUCGCAGUAUGGGGCCUGAGGUUCAGGACGCCUCGAGACAAAGAGACCAGUCACGCACGCCCUCGCCGACUAAGACAGCAACUCCUCAGCGGCGUGCGUCGGUAACACCGACCCGGGGGUCACGAUCACGGACCAAGACCCCCGACUCUGCCCCGCGAAAGCCGCAUUCCCCGGAUAUCCGCACUCCAUCGCCAGAAAAGCCCAGAAACACCCGUACUUCGUUCUUCCAGAACGAUCCCAAGACCGGCAGCAGGACCCCUACCAUCGUUUUGACACCACAAAAACGGCCCUUCAGCGGCGUUGGUGUGGACCGGCCCGGGCUUGGGUCGCCCCAGGUCGCGGCAGUAUGCGAUCGCCGCAGCUCUAUCGGUGACGCCGCCGGGGAAUUCGUCCUCGGAAAGCGAGCCGUGGCGUUUGUGGACCCUAAGGAGAUGGAGGAGGAGUUGGACUGCGAACGGCAAAACGACGAGGACAAAGAGAACCGUCGCAAGAUUCUCGAACGCGAGGCGGAUGGAUCCCAGGAAGACAAGGAUGCUACUUUCAACCUGCGAGAGAUGAUUGACAGCCUCAGCCCCAAGCGCAACCCUUUAAAGGGAAGAAAAAGCUUGCACAUGGGGAGCGCGCGAGGCCUGCUAGGAAAGCGCCCGGUCGAGUUGGACGACGACGAGGAAGCUGAAGAGAAUGACGGCGUCAAGCGGCUUAAGGGGCACCAGAGCAGCCCGGUCAAGAACGUCCGGUUGCAGCAGCCACCGUCCAAGGCCGAGACCACGGGGCGUCUGACCAGGUCGGCUCGACGAAGUCUGGAACGGGGAGGCAGUGCCAGCACACCGUCCCUUUCAUCGCCAGUCAAGGAACCAGCAACAACGCCCCGUCGCAAGGGUCACUUCAAGGAUGUCAAAGAUAAUCAUACCGUCCACGAAGUCAAUUUCCAAGAUACACAGAGAAAGGAUGAAGCGGAGCUGGAAGAGCAGGCGGACGAGGAGAGGAUACAUCUCCAGGACUUCCUCAACAUGACGUCCAUACGCUUCAUGGAGCUGACGACGACCAAACGACGACAUACCGUCGCGCCAGGCAGCCUUCAAGAUGGGUCGACGGUAGAUGGACAGGACAACAUGUCGCUGGAGCGGUGCGUGGUUGCUGGCGCUUGCACGGUGCCCAUGCUGGAGCUUUACCAGCACUCUUGCCGCGAACUCAAGAAGUAUAUCUCGGAAGGUCGUCGUAUGGUCAAAGAAAUCGAAAACGACACGUUUGAGGACAACCCGCCGCUCUUCCGCGAAUACAUGUCCGCCACGCCGGACGUCAAGGCCCUCAUGGACAACCAGUUCAAGAACGUCAAGACUCACGCCAGGUUUCUCAGCAAAGCCAUGUGGUACGAGUGGAGAAUGAAGUUACAAGACGGCCUCAAGGAGGGGCUCGUGGGCAUUGCUGAGGGGAUGGAGAGCGAUGACCAGAUCCUACGGCAGCAGGAAGACUUGCUGGCAUCUGUCCUGCCUGACAUUGUCAAGCGCUACGAGGCUUUGGAUGAGGAGAGCAACAACCUCCAAGAAAUCGCCCGUGAACUCGCCGAUUGUAACCCGGCGGAGCUACAGGCAGCGCGGGAAGAACUGAGCAGCCUCGAAGGCGACAUUGCGCAGAAGAAGAAGAUGAUUGCCGACCUUCGCCAGCAAUUCGAGGACUCGACGGCAGACGUGGAGGUGCUGACGUCCAAGAAGCAGCAUUGUCUGGAGGAAAUCGAAAAAUCAGAAAAGAUCAGGGAGGAAUGCCGUGGCUGGACAAGCAGUGAGGUCAACUCUCUUAAAGCGCGUGUCGAGGCAAUCGAAAAGAAGUACGGCUGGGCCGUCACUGGACUCUCUGAGACAAUGCUCUCCAUGACAUACAAGCGAGAAAUUGAGCUGGUCUUCGACAUUGCCUCGUUUCAGCCGCACCAGCCCAACUCGCGCAUCGAUCUCUGGUACAUUGCCGACGGCCGAGAGUAUAACCCGGUGCCCAAGACACCCGAGAUGGAGUUCUUCCUACAAUGCAUCCGGGACGGUAUCCGGGCGCUGCCACAGAACCGCACCAAGAUAUCAGCCAUGCUCGACGCGGUCCGCUCAGGGUGGGACAAGGCGCAGCUCGUGGCCGCCCAGAUCCAGCGGGUCAACAUCACGUUCCCCACGACAGUCACCAAGACAUCUGACUCCAGCAUCGCCAUGACGAGCUCGCUGCUCCUCAAGCCGCUCGAGACGAGGGUGGAGAUCACGCUGAACCUGCACGGCCGCAGCGAUCCGGCCGGCCUCGGCGUGGGCAUCUCUGCCGAGGCUAGAGUGGUCUAUGGAGAGCACUUCAACGUGGACAAGGUCGGCGAGUUCCUGAUGACGAGGAUCGGAGACACGGCCCGCUUCGAUGGCGAGGAUUGGAGUAACGUGGUUGUUGAGCUGCAGCAGAGGCUCAUUGCCCGGGGGAGAAAGUAGCGGGCUCACACCAGACUGGGCUGGAUGCGAUGUGAUGCUGUUAUGAAUCAUGAGGGAGCGAGUUGGGUACAUGUUGGUGCUGGGCGUUUGGCUGUAUCGGUGUGCUCAGGGUGAGUUCGAGCGUGAAUAGUUUUAGUCGUUCCACACCACACAUAUCAAUGGGCUAUCAAAUCACAGGAG